UCGACACACAUCAAGUAUUUCAAAGUAUUCGUUUGCCUCUAAUACAAACUGUUCCGAGCGCUCUUCUCCCUGAGGAAGACCAUCGUUGGGACCGUCAGCUUGGGGUAAGGUGAGGAGUGAAAUUGAGGACGCGGCAAGGGAGAGAAGACGGCUGAUAUCCUAAAAAUUAUAUUCAUAAGAUGCAAAAUUGUCCGGUUACGACAAGUGCUGACCUUCUCAACCUGACCAAGAGCAUAUAUUUGUCUGGCAGUACGACUUGUGGUCCAAAUGGGGUCGAUGUCGGUGGUAGUCGUGUCAGGUUGCGUUGGUGGGUCAGCCGACAUCGUGGUCAAGAAGAGAAAGUAGAGCGGCCGACUCGAGUCACGUUGACUCCAUGACCCUUUCCACUGACUCACGUAUGAAUUACAACUUCGACUUGAGGUUCACGUAAAACAUCAAGAUGGCCAUUCUCCUUGGAGGUAGAGUCUUCGGACUAAGGCCAGCACAUAGUUUCCAACGCUACCUUAGCUCCGCGACCGUCAUCAAUAUCCCUAAGGCCGAUGUAUACCGCUUUGGAGACGCAAAUGCGGCAUCUACGCCUGUCUUUCGGGAUCUGGAUUGGACCGUGAAGGAGGGAGAAAGCUGGGCUGUCGUUGGUUUCGGUUCGCACGAAAAACACGAUUUCUUCCAUAUGCUUCUAGGAAACCUUAGGAUAUCGCCUCACCCGCCAUCUCCAGGAGGUCUCUUUCCCUUCCUUUUCCCUCGAGACCCACACGUCCACGUAGCUGUCGUCUCGUUCGGCAACCGACGCCGCAGUAGUGGAGGCGCCUUUUACGACUACACGGCCCGCUAUGGUGCGGUCCAAGAAGAAGAUCGCAUAACCCUCCGUCAGCACAUGUUCCCGGAAACACUGAACUUUGACGUGGUCCCUCCCGAACUUCGUGAUGCUCCCCGCGAAUCUCAAGUUCAAGUCAAACUUUCAGCUGAAAGGCAACAGCUCUUUGACGACCUUGUGGAACGGAUGGGUCUUAAGAAGUUUCUUGAUCUCCCUCUCAUCGCGCUAAGUAAUGGUCAGACGCGUCGUGCACGUAUCCUUAAAGCUAUAUGGACUCAGCCCGAGCUCCUUCUUCUUGACGAGCCUCUUACUGGAUUGGACGUCCAAAAUCGCCCCAAUCUUUUGAAUCUCUUACAUUCUCUUCACCAGUCUCGUUCGCCUCGCGUUAUCUUGGGACUACGAAUCCACGAUCCUGUUCCUGAUUGGAUUACGCAUGUCGCGCUGUUGAGAGGGAGAAAAGUUGUUACAGGGCCGAAGCAUAUCAUUCUAACUGAAAAAGCUUAUCGGUCAAAUCAUGUAACCGCGACAACGGCUACUCAAAUUGUCGCCAAUGAAACCGGUGCCGUAGUCGUGGACCUGAAAAACGUACGGGUUCAGUACGACCAUCGUGUCGUUCUACGUGACAUCAAUUGGAAAAUUCGCCAAGGUGAACGAUGGCAUUUGCAAGGCGAAAACGGUUCGGGUAAAACUACUCUUCUUUCGAUCAUUACUGGUGAUCAUCCCCAGUCCUACACUCAACUUGCGUCGCGGUCUUCUCAUCUCCACCUCUUUGGGCGGCCCCGCUCGCGUAUACCAACACCGCAUCUCCAAUCCCUUAUCGGCGUACUCUCUCCAGAAAUGUUUGACGCCUUUCCUCGCAAGUCCAGAAUGUCCGUCUGGGAUGUCGUUGGAACGGGUUUUGAUGGUACAUUCGUACCACGCGGGAAACAUAACGUCGGAACGGGUGUAAUGCAAGAACUUACCGAAGCUGACGUGAAAUGGAGAGUAACUAGAUGCGAAGAAGUCAUCGCCGCUUUGGGACCUGGAGCCUGGGCAGACGAGAAUACCGGUGAGGACGCGGCCAAAUUCAACGACAGAGCUUUCGUUGAGCUUUCAGUCGGUGAGCAAAGGAUGGUGUUGCUCAUGCGCGCUCUGGUUGGACGACCACAGCUGGUUCUUCUCGACGAGGUUUGGAGCGGAAUGGAUGAAGGCAUGAUCAGUGCAGCGAAGAAAUAUCUUCGAGAAGGAGGCAUCACCAAGGAUCAAGCUGUUGUCAUCAUCACCCAUUGGCAAGAUGAGGUCCCCUGGGGAGUUCAAGACGGGGUCAAGAAGAUACGUCUCGUAAAAGGACAAGGCAUCAUUCUUUAACAAUUUUUGCAUAGCAAGUACAAAUCAAUAUCUCUACAACAGCUGAGGGAAACGGUGAUUCGAAGCUUGGCGACAAUAUCGGUUUAUACCUCAAACCCAUGGAUCGUAUUCCUCCUCUUCAACGGCCACAUGAGAAAUCGGA